AACCCUGACCCGCUUUGCAGAGGGAUCACACUGACAGUUUUCCUUUCUCUCCCCUUUACUCCUCCUCCAUCCAGGGAUAUGGGCCCAGAUCCAGAUGCCCCAAUCCAGUAUGGAUGCGAUCAAGGGUCAGAUGGUGGUGCUGAGGGCCUCAUACAUCACAGAGCCAGGCAGUGACCUGAGCACCAACACCAUCCUCUGGAAUUUUUUCUCUAACAACAGCCAGCUGAUCAUCUCCUACACCAAAGGCUCCAUGAGUGUAGGCAGCGCCCAGUUUAAGGGCCGCGUUGGUUUCUUCACUAGCAUGCCCUCACGGGAUGUGUCAUUGUACAUCAACAACACCCAGGAGUCUGACUCAGGACUCUACUUUUGCCAGGUCAUCAGGCCUGAUAAUCCUGGCCUCACUGCUCAGCUCACCCUGGAUGUGAAGGUCCCUCCUGCUGUUCCUAAGUGCUCUGUGUCAGGGAAGGCAGUGCUGAAGGGAAAUGUGACUCUGAGCUGCACAUCCAGCUCUGGGAAGCCCAUUCCUCUGUACAGGUGGAAGAAAACCAGCCCCACCUCGGAGGUCUUCUUCUCACCUAUGCUCA